AUGCGCUUUGCAGCCACGUACUACAAGGACAUUGACAUGGCGGCGUGCCAUCGAUAUGUGGAGGCGUGCUACGAGGCCAUGCGCAGCAUGUAUUUGGACGAGCCGCUCGUGGCACUGGCUCUGAAGGCCUCGGCGCUGUUGGGCGACACGCGCGAGCGCAUCUUUGGCGACUGCAUUUACGACCACAAGGUGCACAAUUCGUUCACCAAUACGUUUGUGGGCCACGACAUGCCCGCGCUGCCACCGGGCGCGACGCACGUGGCCGUCGGUUUUGUCGACCUCUCGUGGCUUGCUUCCGUCUCGUUGACAUCGCCAGCUCUCAAGACGCCGGCGCGAUGGGUCGGUCUUGAAGCGUCUGUGUUUUGCACGGCCAAGACGCUGGUUAUCCGAGCCAUGCUGCAGCGCCGUGCUUCUGUCGACAGCGCGCUCCAAGUGUGGUACUCGUCGUGCUGGACGCACGCCACGCUGACGGCCUUUGAAGAAGGCGUGGUCGCUGCCACGCUAGCGGCUCGCAAGGCGUCGAUGCCACCGCCCGUGCUCGAUGUGCUCGUCCAUUGGCAGCGCCACGUGCCGAGCAUCAAAAUGGCGCGCGACGAGUGGAGCCGGAAGAUUGCCGCGCGGGCGUUGUGUGCCGCCGCAAGCUUUGCCUCGCGCGACGACCGCGCCAGUGCGCUCGACUAUAUGCUCACGGGCCAACUGCUCGGUGCAGACGUUGGCAGCGUCACGAUGAGCAGUCUUCCGCCGUCGCUGCGAUCGUCCCGCGCGUGGAUCGAGUCGGUCUUUCACGCCGUGGACAUGGAAGCUGUCUUGCGGCUUCACGUGGCCUCGCGGACACGAGGCCGGUCGCUCAUGGAUGCGUGCGCCGACUACCUCCGUGGACGUAUUGCGCGGCUGCAGGACCGCCUUGUCCGCGGCCAUGUCGUGGUUGAGAUUUUGCCGCCGAUGGCGCUGCGGGCCAGCAACGUGCUCGUCACGCACUUUCUGCGGACACUGGCUCCCCACUCGAUCCACAACGAUGUAUCGCGAAACCCCACGCACCACUCGGGCUACUUGAUAAACUGGCCACGCUUGACGAAAGGCGCGAUGGCGAUGGACAACCCAAAGGACGCGGCGCUGCAACAACUCGUCGACGCCACGCGGGCCGAUGUCGCCCGCCUGUAUGCGUCGAGCCCGGGCUACGCGUGCUUGGGGCCAGUCAACCACGACAUCAUGCCGUCGAUGUUUCUCGCGCACGGCCUCGCCAAGCGCUAUGCGUCCAAGUGCGUCGACCAGUUUGCAAUGUAUGGCGCGCACGUGCUGCAGCAUCGCAUGCGCCCGUACAACGUGGCAGCGUACUCGAACGUCAGUCUCUUUUUCGAAUGGCAGUUUGACCACGAAUGA